AUGGCGGCACAGCAGGACUUGGCAAGUAUGCAGCGACAGAUCAACAACUUGGCCAGAAGGUGCAAGAGGGCGAAGGCCAAGGCUGCAGCCUGCAGGCAGAGGUCUUUCGGUGCGCCAGAGCGGAUGCAGCGAUGUCGGACAAACAGUCCGCGAUGUCUCAUGGUUUACUUUCUUGCUGGCCGCAAACCAGCUGCUGCCGUGGACUUUGUGCUCGGGCGUGGGUGGGCCUGUAGGUCCAAGCGCGUGGGCUGCGUAAGUCUUCCAGACGCGGAGUUGGUGCGACGAAUCCAGAUUGGUGUUGGGGAAGCCAUCGGCAGUGCGGCACCAUCAGCUUUUGUUGCCUUGCAGACAAACCCGCUUACCCACUUCGAGUUCAGAAACGGGUCCGCCAAGUGGACCCCAUUUCGGGCAGCAGCUUAUUUCCAGUGGAUCAACUUCGCGCUCAGCUCUGGGCCAGCAGGUCUAAGGCCCCUGGUCCUCAACAUGGACGAAACAGCCAUUGGGAGGUGCUUCCCUGGCUUGCGUGGAACCAUCGUCAACACGGCCUCCAAGGCCAAGCUUCCGCAGGUCUUACUGGGGAACAAGCACCAGUUCACGCUGAACUUUCUUCGCUCCAUAGCUGGGAAGUUGCCGCCGAAUAUUGAUCAGAAGUCGCGAAGUCCAGAUGGAGAGGUUUCCACCGAAGACUGGAUGCGGCUGGUGUGCCAGUCUAUUGUCUCUGUCGUGUCUAAGGGAGAUUGGCGCCGAGCUUUCUUGAGGAUCUGGUCCAAUGAGCAGCCAACGCCGGAUGCGGUCAUGUCCAUCUUUCCAGCGCGCUGGAAAGUCGACGUGCUCUCCUAUGUACUGUGGCAGCCGAAAUCCCAGCGGGCUAAGGGCAGGGAAGAGUCCAGAACUCAGGAGGCCCUCUCCGCGCGGCAGCAGAAAACCACGGUUUCCGGAGACCUGGAUCCGGGGCCGCCUCAAACGCCUGCGGAGAUCGCUGCAAAGAUGACGCAGAAAAUGACCGUGGCAGACAUUGCCAAAGUCUUCCAGGCCAGGGCCUUCGUUUUUGGCUUUGGUUAG